AUGCACAUCCUCUUUUCUUUGAUCAAAAACUACUUGAUACCUACAUUCUUUGUUGAAUCAUGUUCCUAUAUUUGUCAUUUUCUAGUUUGGGUCUAUUUUUGUGGUGUGGUCUACCCGAUCCCUUAUCUUGAUCCAGUUUUCAAUGAACACAUUCCUCCACCAAAAAAGCCAACCACUUGGAUCGGAACUUUUGUAUUUAUUCUCGUCGUUAUGAUGUCAUCGGUAUUUGGAACCUCAAUACACGGAAAGAAAGCAAUCAAAGCAGGUGGUGGUGGGAUAACCAAAAUAAAAAUAAUUAAACAUUUAGAGGAAAAGGUUGCGGAAACUCAAGUGUAUCAUAAACGUAGGAUCGCAAAAGUUGUCAAAUACUAUGAGCAAGAGUUGGAGAAUGUAAAAAAAUUUCACGAUAUUAUGGUCGAGAUUAUGGCGGAGGAUAUCGCGAGCUUGCAACUGGAGCUUAAUGAAAUCCGUGAAGAACGAGAUCUUCGGAUCAAUGAGAUCAAUGAGAUUAGGACAUUCCAACGACAAAUUAUCGACCAGGAAGCGUUGGGAGGAAAAGGCACAGAAUCUUGGAAGGGUGUCGAACCUUGGAAGGGUACUGGAUCCUGGGAAGAAUUUUUCGAUUUCAUUAGUGUCAAUUAA